GCUUCUGAACACAUCUUGGUGAACCAGUGGUGACCCAUUUGUUUUGGUUUCUCCUGGCUCAUGCAUUCUUUGAGUCUUGGUCACGGGAAUGUUUUGUUUGGUCAGACGCAAAGCCGUCAGCAGCGGGACAGAACCAACGCUGAGCCCUCAUGACAUGUGGGCAGGAUCCUGGGAAAACGGAGCUGCCGGUGGCACACCUCUGAAUCAGCUGGUUCUUUUUGUCUCCUGUUUUAAGAGCUCUCUGGAAGUAACCUGAUAUCCAGAAUCUUCUCCACGUAUGAACAGGGAAAUGUUGAAGCUUUUGUUAAAUAUGUUGACGUCUUACGUUUUGAAAAGCAUUAGAAUGUCAAAGGCAAGAACCCCAGAACCCUGCCCCUCCUCCUGUGAGACCUUGGUAACUAUCUAACGAGUCUAGCAUGUGUCCACUGAGCUGGACCAUCUGCCGGGAGAAUCCAGAAUCCCAAGAUGCCUUGGGGUUUCAUCUGCUUCCGGAAGCAGCCAGCCGUGGUCUUGGUGUUCUUUCCUGCCCAGGUCUUGAGGCCGUUUUUUGCUGUGCUCCGUCCUGAUGCACGGCCUUCACAAUCCUGACGCUGAAGGAUGACUUUGCUCUUUGGAUCGGACUGCAGUGAAGGAGUGAGCCGUGUGUGUGGAAGUCUGCGGGAAGAGAGAAACAUUGAGCAUGUCUCUUUCAAACCAGUCUCUAGGCCUUCCUCAGGAGGCCUCCAACAGAUCCCUGAAUGCUACAGGGGCUUGGGACCCAGAGGUCCUGCAGGCGCUCAGGAUCUCCCUCGUGGUGGUCCUGUCCAUCAUCACACUGGCCACUGUCCUCUCCAAUGCCUUCGUACUUACCACCAUUCUGCUCACCAAGAAGCUCCACACCCCAGCCAACUAUCUCAUUGGCUCCUUGGCCACCACCGACCUCCUGGUUUCUAUCUUGGUCAUGCCCAUCAGCAUAGCCUACACCACCACCCGCACCUGGAACUUUGGCCAGAUCCUGUGUGACAUCUGGGUGUCUUUUGACAUCACGUGCUGCACGGCCUCCAUCCUGCAUCUCUGUGUCAUCGCUCUGGACAGAUACUGGGCCAUCACCGAUGCCCUGGAGUACAGCAAGCGUCGGACCGCGGGCCACGCAGCAGCGAUGAUUGCGGCCGUCUGGGUCAUCUCCAUCUGUAUCUCCAUCCCUCCGCUCUUCUGGCGGCAGGCCACGGCUCACGAGGAGAUGGCUGACUGCCUGGUGAACACAUCGCAGAUUUCUUACACCAUCUACUCGACCUGUGGGGCCUUCUACAUCCCAUCCAUCUUGCUCAUUAUCCUGUAUGGCCGCAUAUACGUGGCCGCCCGGAGUCGAAUCCUGAACCCACCCUCCCUCUACGGGAAGCGCUUCACCACGGCACAGCUCAUCACAGGCUCUGCUGGCUCUUCGCUCUGCUCCCUCAACCCCAGCCUCCACGAGAGCCACACACACACAGUCGGCUCUCCUCUCUUUUUCAACCAGGUGAAAAUCAAGCUUGCAGAUAGCAUCCUAGAACGCAAGAGGAUCUCCGCGGCCCGGGAAAGGAAAGCCACUAAGACCUUGGGCAUCAUCCUUGGGGCCUUUAUCAUCUGCUGGCUGCCCUUUUUCGUAGUAUCAUUGGUCCUCCCCAUCUGCAGGGACUCCUGUUGGAUUCACCCGGCCCUAUUUGACUUCUUCACGUGGCUCGGUUAUUUAAACUCUCUCAUUAACCCCGUCAUCUACACUGUGUUCAACGAAGACUUUCGACAAGCAUUUCAGAAAGUUGUCCAUUUCCGGAAGUCCUCUUAGUCAGACUUGGGGGUGACUCUUGUUUAUCUGUUAUGUCCUGUAACCCCGCUGGGGUUGCCUUUUUUUUUUUUAUUACUGUCGUUUCUCUGAGUCCCGGGUUGAUUUGUGCUAUCUUGGGUCUUGGGUUAAAUCAAUAGAUUUGUUCUGUGUUCGACUGCCAGCGUCUUCUAGACUUCUGAAUCACCUAAAGUUAGGCCAUUGCCUUGUGUAGAGGGGGGACAGGACUGAAGACAUCCCUUAACAUAAUAUGCUUAUGGUCCUCUGGAUUAGAAGAAAUAUAAACGGUAGGAUCAAGGUGAAAAACUGUCUUAUUCUCUAGCAGGCUUGGAGGGAAGGCCUUCUGGUCUACCUGGGAUUUUAGAGAGGGCUGUGGGGAAUGGGUGUGAUUAUUGACUUGAAUUAGAAGAGAAUUUGGAGUUAGAAAGGAGGGGUUGCCAUCCCCUGUACCUCAUCGAUUAGAAGAUAACACCCAGGGAUUGUUUCUACUGGGUCCUGGUUGUCCGUAAGGAAAGUGGUAUCGUGACCCAGGAUAGAUGGAGAGAAAUUCAGAAGGCUGCAGCAGGAGAGAGGUAUACCUGGGACCAGAUCAGCUCCGCAUCCUUCAUUCUUCCCUGUCUCUGGUUUGUAAUGUUCUGAAGUUAAAACCCACCAACCUGCCACCGGAGAAGACUGCCACAUGAAGAAUGGACACCUCGUUCUUCCUGUUCUGAUUUUUUUCCCUUAAUUAUUCUUUUUUUUUUACAACCCUUGUCAUCAGAAUUCU